GUAGACCGCCGUCUCGGAGCGGACCGAUCAGUCAGUCGCGUUGUCAAGCUGAAAGCGUCGAGAUGAAAUCGCUCGUGGUGUGCUCUUUGAUCGGAUUGGUCCUGCUAAUGGCCGCUGGCCAAGUUCGCGCCGAGUGCGACGAGGCCAAGAGUCCCGAGGACAGCGACUUCAAGCACUUCUUCAAGAACCUCGGCUGCAAGGUCAACCAGGGGGCCAAGGAUGUGGCCGAGGCCGCCAAGCCCUACACCGACAAGAUCGGCGAGAGCGCCAAGGAGAUUGGCAGCUCGGUGGCCCAGAAGUACGACGAACUGAAGCACAAGCUGACCGAUGAGCCCUCGACCACGCCCAAAGUCCCAGUGGCCUAUGACGCCCCCACCGAGAAGGUCCUUUUGGCCCCCAUCGGAGGACCCAGCACCCCGAUCCCAUGAGGGAUUUUGAAAUCGCUUGAAGGUCCCCUCCGUCUCGUUGCAUAAGCUUUCUUUGUUUUUUUUCUUUGUGAUCUAUAUUAAUAAAAACUAAAGUGAUGUUGGAAU